UUCAAAAAAAUCAAUUUUGACAGAUUUCGAUAUCAACAUGCUUUCUCGAGUCUGUAGAAGUUUAUUCCUAUUAGGUUCUAGAGACAGCUCGGUAAUUGGAAAGACACUUUCAACAAGAAAUGCUGCAUCAGUAUCUGAAGUCAGAGAGGGACAUGAAAAUGUGAAAAAGAGAAAAUCUAAAAGAAAAGAAAAACAGUCAGAACAUGGAGACAAACCUGCUUAUGUUCUGGACUUCUUUAACAAUUGUGACUAUAUCACUCUUAACAGACUCUCAAGGAGCACUUUCAUUAAGAGAUCAAACAUAAAGAACAUCAUUUUGCCUAGUGAAAUGAUCAAGGGGGAUGAUGACAUGAAAUGCAGACAAAGAUUUGUGGACAUAAAUGAGUUUUGCGACAAAAGUGGUUUCAGUAAGACACAGAUAGACACACUAGCUGAUCUUGUCAUGAUGUUUGAGACCCAAGAAAAAAAGCAAGAAAAGUUUGCUAGGAUAUUUUACCCUGCAUUAGAAAUACCAGAUACAAAUACAAUUGAGACUGUGGUCGCGGUGGAUAUUUUCUUAAAUGAUGUGAUUUGGUCUGAACAAGAUGUGUCCAGUAGACUGGUAACAAAUCUUGGUCACUUCUUUUUCGAUGUAAAAGACAACAAGAGGUUUGACCAUGUCAAACAUGGACAACAGAUGCAGAAAUUGUGUGAUCAACUUCCUGACUGUCCUAUGUAUUUCCUGAACAAUCGGUCGGGUAUGUUCUCCAGGGAUACAAGUGGCAUCACCCAAUACCAACAUCUUAUGGAAUCUAUCUUCAUUACCCAUAUGAACUUGAGGUCAAACACUGAUCUUGGUGAUUCUAACAAUGUGAUUUUAUUCACCCCAAAUACACUAGAUGCAUUUUACAACCUCAAGUUUGGACAAGAGGUGGAAAUGAUGUUUCCGUUACUGAAAUCGUGGUACAAGAAAUUUAAGAGCCCGAUAGAUGGAAUGUUAAUGUCGCCAAAGGUUGAGAUAAAGCUGUUCGCGAAGGAAACGGAUGAAAGAGUUCGUGAAAGAAUAUUAAGGUGCAUUCUUAUGUCAGAUGCUGGGUGUAAAAUUCUGCGCAGAAGUGAGAAAAAGUUUCCACGGUUUUAUUCUGAUUAGCUGUUCUGAGGACUUUGAUAAAGAUGUUUUAUGUAUUCUCAUCAGCCCAUGAUUUUAUUUAAAAUAAAUUGUUUGAUAAUAGAUUAGUUGAAUACAUUUCAAUCUGUUUAUUUUGUGCUAAAAUAAAUAAACUGUAGCAUAUUUUUAUGCCCCCCUUCGAAGAAGAGGGGUAUAUUGCUUUGCACAGGUAUGUCGGUAUGUUGGUCGGUCGGUCGGUCCGUCGGUAGACCAAAGCUUGUCCGAGUGAUAACUCAACAAUUCCUGGAAGUAUGGUCAUCAAACUUCACAUGAAGGUUGGGCCUGACCAGUAGAUAAACCCUAUUGAUUUUGGGGGUCAUCGGGUCAACGGUCAAGGUCACAGUGACAUUUAAUGGUAAUUUUUUUUUAAAGCUUGUCCGAGUGCUAACUCAACAAUGCCUGCACCCAUGGCUCUCAAACUUGACAUGGAGGUUGGGCCUGACCAGUAGAUGACCCCUAUUGUUUUUGGGGAUCAUCAGGUUAAAGGUCAAGGUCACAGUAACCUUGAAUGGUAAAAGGUUGUCCGAGUGAUAACGUGACAAUGCCUGCACCCAUGGCCCUCAAACUUGACUUGGAGGUUGGGCCUGACGAGUAGCUGACCCCUAUUGUUUUUUUGGCUCAAUGGGUCAAAGGUCAAGGUCACAGUGACCUUGAAUGGUAAAAGGUUGUUCGAGUGAUAACUCAACAAUGCCUGCACCCAUGGCCCUCAAACUUGACUUGGAGGUUGGGCCUGACCAGUCGAUGACCCCUAUUGAUUUUAGGGGUCAAAGGUCAAGGUCACAGUGACCUUGAAAGCAAACUCGACAAUUCUUGGACGUAUGGUCAUCAAACUUGACAUGAAGGUUGGGCCUGCCCAGUAGAUGACCCCUAUCGGCUUUGGGGGUCAUCAGGCCAAGGUCAAUGUCACAGUAACCUUUAACGCAAAAAGUUAUCAAAUCUUCCCCCACUGAUAUCUUAACAAUGCCUGAACCUAUGAUCAUUAAAUUUGACAUGGAUGUUAAGCCUGACCAGUAGAUCACCCUUAUUGAUUUUAGGAUUCAUAGAGCCAAAGGUCAAGGUCACAGUGAUCUUGAAUGGUAAAGGUUGUCCAAGUGAUAACUCAACAAUGCCUGAACCCAUGGCCUUCAAACUUGAAUUGGAGUUGCAUCUGACUUGUAGAUGACCCCUUAUGAUUUAAGGGGUCAAAGGUCAAGGUCGCAGUGACCUUGAACGAAAAAAACUUGUCUUGUGAUAACUUGACAAUGCCUGCACCCAUGGCCCUCAAACUUGACAUUUAGGUUUCAGGUGACCAGCUGAUGACUCUGGAUUUUGAGUUCAUAGAGUCAAAGGUCAUGACGGUCAUAUCACACUUUAUCCUCACACUUUAAUGGUCAUAAUCUUAAAACAGCAACAAAACAGCUGUCAUUUCGGUCCAUGCAUAUUUCAUUCAAUUGUCCAUAUAAUCCUGACAACAUGGCGCUCAGGGGGGGCAUAAUGUUUGACAAACAUCUUUUGUUUGUAUUUGAUUUAAUUAAGAAUUUUGUAAAUGUAUUGUUAAAAAUAAAGGAUACUGACAUUUUGUUAACUCAAUCACUUAGAUUACCAAGAUAUGUGGAUGCUAAUGACACGCAUGCAUGCAAACCUAUAGAAUUUGUUUAAGGCAAAGAAGGCCAUUGUUUUCAAUAACUAAAUCAAAGAUUUAUAAAACCUAUUUGUUUGAUAGUAUCAAAUGUAACUCCCAGAAGUAUUGUCAGAGAUACUGAAGAUAAUGAAAUUGGCUCACAUGCAAAGCUUACUGCAAUGGGCAACCUAACUGCAGCAUCAAUAUGAGUAUCUACAUUUGUUAACAUGUAGUUAUACUGUCUUACAUUAUAACAGUACCAGUCGAUUGAAAGAUGGAUUUUGAAUGAUCAAUACAAAUGUGACUCUGUAGAGUUUUCAACAAUUUAUUUAGAAUAGAUAUUUUAUAUGGACCACAAAUGCUUGCUAAUUGAUACAAAACAACAGACAUGAACCAGAAGUUCACUAGAUUGUCAUGGUUUAAAUGCCAGUCCCCAAUUUACUUGCACAAUCGUCUUUAACAAGAUCGAGCUUCUUAUCUUUUGAAACACAAUCUGUGGUUUCUUUCUUUCAAAAAAAGUUUGAGACUUCAAAGGAAAUUAUUCCUUUGACAGUGGCCAUAUUUUUGGUUGGUUAAAGCAAGUAAUCAGGCUAUGUGGUAGAAGAUGCUUUGAGAAAUUGGGGACAGGUCAUGUAGUUAAAAAUGCUUUUGAGUGUUGGCCCCAAGUCAAAUUUGGAUUAAUUUCUGGACCAUGACAAUUUUAGGAAACAUUAAAGUGAAAACAUUUUGUAGAAAAUGGUGGCUUGUCAAUCAAAAUAUAAACAAUGUCUAAUAAAUAUCAAUAAUAG